GUCACAUGACCUGUAACUUGCAUGAGAAAAACGAAGUUCAGCUCAGCCGCGCUUGUUCAAAACACUACACUUUGACUCGCUUUGGGACAAAUAAAAUUCGAGAAAAUGGCGUCAGAUGAUGGGAAGUCAGCCUUAAAUCAGCAGCUUUGCAAGGACUUUGCAGAUAUUACCGGGACUGAUCCUGAACUGGCUUUGUAUUAUCUGGAACAAAAAUCUUGGAAACUUGAGGAUGCUGUCAACAUGUUCUUUGACAGUAAUCGACCAAGCAGACCAGAUGAUGACACCAGUCAGACUGUAGAGGGGGUGGAGUCUGCUAAAGACGAAGGGGGUGGAUCUCAAGGCAAUGCUCCUGCAAAACAAGAAGCAGCAGUCACCACAGAUCUCCCAUCUCAAGCUUCAUCAUCAGAGGUCAACGACCUGACAUCCUCCUCCAAAAGAUUCCGUCUCAUUACGUGGAAUAUUGAUGGUUUAGAUCAAAGCUGUCUCAAUGGUCGAGCACAAGCUAUAUGCCGAAUCCUUAAUAGCUUCAAUCCAGAUGUCAUCUUCCUUCAAGAAGUCAUCCCUGAGACUUGUAAGCUCAUCUGCUCUCAACUCAGCAACUACAAACCCUUCCCUGCCUCCGACCACGCCUACUUCACUCUCAUCCUUCUAAAGAAGAGCACAGUCACAUGCUUGUCUUCCAAGAUUGAGAGUUUUCCUGAUUCAGCAAUGCUGCGAGCUUUACAAAUUGUAGAUUGUAAGUGUGCAGGCCUUGAUCUCCGUCUCAUGUCAUCUCAUCUUGAGAGCACAGGACAACCAAAGGCAAUCGAGGAACGACAGAAACAAUUCUCACGAGCUGUAUAUCUGAUGAAGACAGCUCCUGCAGAACAUACUGUCUUCUUUGGAGGCGACACAAAUCUACGAGACAAGGAGGUGGCAAGGUUUGGCGUACCGUCUUACAUCCAUGACGUCUGGGAGAUGUGUGGCUCCCCAUCUGGAGCAAAAUACACUUGGGAUCUGACCCAAAACGACAACCUCGACUGGCCACACCCGAACCGACCACGCCUUCGUUUCGACCGGCUGUUUUUGAGACACCCAAAGACGGCACCGAGACUUGAACCAAAGACAUUUAAUCUGCUAGGCACUGAACGGCUGCCGUGCCAUAAGUUUCCAAGUGAUCACUGGGGCAUCGUCUGCGAUUUUGAAGUGACGUCCUCAUAAUCCGCAACAGAAGGUUCGCCUUCUAAAAAAUUUAAACCUCUGUCAUCUCUUGCAUCAUGAAUGUUUCAUUCUCCUCCAUUGUCUUCUCUGUAGUAUUGAUUGACUUGUACUUGAGGGAAACAAUUGAUAUGCAAUGAUUUUCAUUUCAAAACUUUGCAGCAUAAGAGUGUCUUAAAUAUUCAUUGAGUCAUGAAUGCACAUUUUUGCAACUCAAACACUUCCAAAUAAAUUUACAAAAACGAUGAUAAAUUAUUUAAUUUUGUUAAAAAUCAGUUGUUUUAUUGUACAAGAAUUGCCACAAUAAAAAUGGCUAGUUACAUGUAAAGAUGUAAUUCAUUUGUUACAAAACCUAAUACCAAACACUAAAGUGUAUUCUGCAAGAGCUUGAAAAAUGUUUGUCAUUUUUUACGUCUGUGACAAAAUUUGUAGGCAUUUUUUAAAAAUUUUAUUUAAUUCCUGUCCAAAACUAGGAAACCUGGUUUGAAAGAAUGAUAAAAACUAUGUUUAAAUCUGUGUAAAAAAAUUUAUGACCAAAUGUUGUUUUAACCCAGUUUUGAAUACUGGUGGGAAUGUGUCGUGACUAACUGUUAUCACGAUACAGUACGGUGUGGUGGUCACUGUAGACUGGUGCCUAGUCUGUAACAUUUAAAAAGUGUGUGUACAAGUCUGGUACAGUGGACUAUCGUUAAUACAAAAUCAGCCCGACCUAGCCAAAUGGGACCCGUUUGGAGCUUAAUAUCAGAAAUUGUCAUGUUGCAGUAGAUCGGCAAGCCAAAAUUUAAAGGGGUGGUCAAUUAUUUGUUUCCAUGGGAACCUUAUCUGUAAGUCCUGUUUAACCUUUCUCCAAUUUUGUUGUUCAGUCAAAUGUCUUUCAAACCUAUUAUCAUCCCGUUUUUAUCAGUUGACUUUUUAUAUUUUUUAACUGUAGGAUUUUUAAAUGCCAUUUCUCAAGAAUCAGUUUCCCAACUUCAGGUAAGUUGGUGGUUAAUAUUUCCAUUACUCAGUACCCCUAGAUGUUACAAACCAUUGGAAAGCUCUUGUUCUACAGCAUCCAAAUAUAUAAAUAUCUCAAUUCUUAAAAUAAAAUCUGACUUUAAGCUUAUUUUGUGUUGACAGGUCAUAAAUGUUUGUCGCAUCCAGAAUUGUGUAUUAAGUGCACAUAAAUGCACAGUCGGGACCAAAGCUCAAUGUUCACUAUAUUCAGAAUGAACAGAAUUUGUAUUGUACCAAGAGUCAACUGUCAGUGUGAAAUAAAACGGAGUAACGGAACAUGUAAA